AAGGAGAGCCGGGGAUCGCAGCCGGCGGCGGGCGGGCGGCGCGGAGCCCGGGACUUCUUCGGGGAGCUGCGAGCCGAGCUGGGCGCCGCCGUACCGCCACCCGCUGCUGCCCCGCCGGCCGUGGAGAUCGUUGUGUUCCGGGGGAGGAAGAGGAAAGAGCGGCCCAGCCCCUCAGCAGCGCCCGUAGCCGGCGGCCAGACUAAAAUAGUGGACAAAGAGAAAAAUGAAAAGGAGCAAGAGUUUAACUUUGAAAAAGCUCGUUUGGAAGUGCACAAGUUUGGAAUCACUGGCUACAAGAAGCAAGAACAACGCAUGUGGGAACAAGAGCGUGCCAUCAUGCUGGGAGCCAAGCCCCCCAAAAAGGAGCAUGUGAACUACAAGACUUACCAAGAGAAAAUGAAAGAGGAAAAAGCAGCAAAGGAUGAUGAUAACGGAGAGGAACAUAAAGGUGAUUCUCUUAAGAAGAAGAAAGAAAAGAAGGAGAGAAAGGGUAAAAGGAAGAAACCGAUGCCUAGUAUCUGGCCUGCAGGUCAAGUUGGAAAAUUCAGAGAUGGGACCUUGAUUCUGCAAAGCUAUGACAUAAAGAAGAUUAAAUCAUCUAAAGUUAUCAAAUGA